AGGCUCCUCCCCACCCGUGUGCCGCGCGUGGGCGGGCGAUUCCGGAGGCCGCGUGGUGCGGGCCUUUGCCUGACCCCGGAGCUGAAGCACUAAAGCAACAGGACGGCCGAGGGGGCCGGGAACUCAGAACAAAAGCAGUGAGGGUCGAGACCCAGGGUGGAGGGUCUGAUGUCCGGCCCCCGGUUCCUUGCAUUGCAUUCUGGCGACCUAUGACAUAGUUUCACGAAUGGUCUUCCGAGCAUCUACCCUUCCUCUUUAUGCACCCAAAGAAAGAAAGGAACAAAGUAUUGUGGGACAUUUUGAAGCAGCCUGGUAUCAGCCACUUGAAUAGUUUACUAUGGAACGUAACGUUCGAAAGCGAUUAUACCAGACUUUCAUUCUGGAUGCAUUCAAAGCUUGAAAGAGACUCGGCUUGCAAUUUGCUCUAUUUAACUUUAUCUUGCUGACAUGACUCGCUAUCCAAAAACUAAGCUGCUUUAAGCAGUUGUGCUAUCAGUUCCCAGUUGCACAGCCCCCACUGUAAUUAUACAUCAGGCAGCAUGAAGAAAAGCUAAUCUCAAGAUAAAAAGAACUUAAUAGGGAGACAUUAAACAAUUUACCAGGCAAAAGAAGUACAUGAAAUGUGAUAAAAGAUUAAUAGAAGGCAGUCACAAGACCCAGCAGCUGUCACCGCUGAGCUACUUGGAAGAUCCAUUCAGCGAGCUUCUAGGAGCUUGAGACCUUCACAGUCCCCUCGACUCUGAGCUGGAAGGAAAGAUGGUUGAAGCAGAUCGCCCAGGAAAGCUCUUCAUUGGUGGGCUUAAUACAGAAACAAAUGAGAAAGCCCUUGAAGCGGUAUUUGGCAAGUAUGGACGAAUAGUGGAAAUACUUUUGAUGAAAGACCGCGAAACCAACAAAUCAAGAGGAUUUGCUUUUGUCACCUUCGAAAGCCCAGCAGAUGCUAAAGAUGCAGCUAGAGAUAUGAAUGGGAAGUCCUUGGAUGGAAAAGCCAUCAAGGUGGAGCAAGCUACCAAACCAUCAUUUGAAAGUGGCAGACGUGGACCACCUCCACCUCCAAGAAGCAGGGGCCCUCCCAGAGGUCUUCGAGGAGGAAGUGGAGGAACUAGGGGACCCCCUUCGCGUGGAGGAUACAUGGAUGACGGUGGCUAUUCCAUGAACUUUAACAUGAGUUCUUCUAGGGGACCACUUCCAGUAAAAAGAGGACCACCACCACGAAGCGGGGGUCCCCCUCCUAAAAGAUCAACGCCUUCAGGACCAGUUCGCAGCAGCAGUGGAAUGGGAGGAAGAGCCCCAGUGUCACGUGGAAGAGAUAGCUAUGGAGGCCCUCCAAGAAGGGAGCCCCUGCCAUCUCGCAGAGAUGUUUAUUUGUCCCCGAGAGAUGAUGGAUAUUCUACAAAAGACAGCUAUUCAAGCAGAGAUUACCCAAGCUCCCGUGACACCAGAGAUUAUGCACCACCACCAAGAGAUUAUACCUACCGUGAUUAUAGUCAUUCCAGUUCACGUGACGACUACCCAUCAAGAGGCUAUGGUGAUAGAGACGGAUAUGGUCGGGAUCGUGACUAUUCAGAUCAUCCAAGUGGAGGUUCCUACAGAGAUUCGUAUGAGAGUUACGGUAACUCCCGCAGCGCACCCCCUACACGAGGGCCACCACCAUCUUAUGGAGGAAGCAGUCGCUACGAUGAUUACAGCAGCUCACGUGAUGGCUACGGUGGAAGUCGAGAUAGUUACUCAAGCAGCAGAAGUGAUCUCUACUCAAGUGGCCGUGAUCGUGUUGGCAGACAAGAACGGGGGCUCCCCCCUUCUAUGGAAAGGGGCUACCCUCCUCCACGUGAUUCCUACAGCAGUUCAAGCCGAGGAGCACCAAGAGGAGGUGGCCGUGGAGGAAGCCGAUCUGAUAGAGGGGGAGGCAGAAGCAGAUACUAGAACCAAGACUUUGGAUCAAGGUCUCCAUUCAAAGAAACAAAAAGAUGGAAAGUCUUCUGUCGUAACUACCCAAGGACUACUAAGAAAAGUUGUGUUACCUUUUUAAAUUUUUCUGUUUUAAGUUCCCCUUCAUCAUUUUUGUGUUCUUGUGAGGAUAAAAGUAAAACAUGAUUAAUUUUGAUAUUAUGAAUUGCUUUCAAUAAGCAAAUGUUAAAUGUGUAAGACUUGACUUGUACUAGUGUUGUAAUUUUCCAAGUAAAAGUGUCCCUAAAGACAA